CUACUUUAUGAACAACUGAAGCGCGAUUUGCGUUUUGCGCGCCUUUGCGAAGGGGUUUGUUGGUGUAAUUUUAUUAAACUCCAGCAGAAUUACUAAGCUUGUUAUUCGUUUGUGUUGUUGUGUUAGUAACGUCGUUGAGCAAAAUAAAAUAGUAUGGCUCAUACAGUAUCAGUUUCCAAGGGCUGUUUUGUUCACAAGCCACAUAAUCGCAACAAAAAUACACCUAAGAAGCAGUUUAUUCUGACUACAGACAGGCAGCUGUGGUAUAAAGCAUAUAAGAGAGUAUGGUCAUCUAUUGAAGUGAAAUUAGAGUCCCUACAGGAAGAAGUGUUUUCGGAGAUUUUAGAGAACUUAGUUUAUUAUAUUCAGAAAUGUCAUAAGAACAAAGCCUCAAACAAAGGGAGAAAUGAAAUACCAUCUGCAACAUUACUUACAGGUGUGAACUUGCCAGAUCAUGAUGCCCUCUUUGCAGCAUUGUCGAGUCAGUUGCACGAUAAAGUGACACCGUACGUAGCCACUCUGCAGGCUCGUCACUGCACGACAGUUCGCUCUACCAUCGAGCACAUGGUUCUGCAAUUAAUGAAUUACAACAGGUUUCAUAGUGAUGAUGACUUGGAGGAUGUAGUGAAGGAUCGUUUGAAGAAGAAUCAGUGUAACUUUCUAACCUUAUCAGCUUGGUACAAGGAGCAGAUAACAUCUAAAAGGCUAAGGAUGUCUCCAAGAAAGAAGUUAAGAAUUAAGCCAGAUUUGCAGGUGGAUAAGGAGUCUGUUCUUGUUGUCAUAAUUCCUAAUGUGGAAGGCUUCUCGCCACAAAUAUUACAGGACUUCAUCCUCAUAGCCAGUUGUUACGUCACGUCUCUUCCGUUGGUGUUUGUAUUUGGGGUCGCCACUGCCGUGCGCACCUUGCAUCGUAGCCUGCCGUACCAUGUGUCAUCGAAACUCAGAAAUGAGGUGUUCCAUUCUCAGCCGUCGUCCUCUUACCUUAAUAAAGUUUUGGAGAAGGUUUUUCUGACUAGCGCGUGUCCAUUCCAGUUGGAUGACAAAACAUUCAAGUUACUGAUCGACGUUUUCCUUUUUCAUGACUUGUCUGUCUGUGGAUUUAUUCAACAUUAUAAGUACUGCGUGAUGGAACAUUUCUUCGACUGUGAUUACAAAGUUCUGUGCUGCUCCGUGUCCGAGUUGGCUCCGAACAUUAAGUCUCUAAGUGAGGACCAACUAGAGAAGCUGCGUCAGUUGCCCUCUUUUCGUCGUUAUGUGGAUAAAUUGCCUCAGAAAGAGAAGGCACCUCUGCUUGUUGAUGAUGAUCAUUUUAGGGUGGUGCUUGAGAAGCUGAUGACAGAGCUACAUGGGUACUUGCUGAACUUCCACACAUUGCUAAGAUGUCUCCACACUUUGACAUCGUCGCUCCCAAAGUCACCUCUAGGAAAGCAACUGCGAGAAGUGUACAGCCUCGCCAUCUCUUGCGACAUUUCUGAAUCACCCCAGUUCAGAGAGUGCUUCCAGCUACUUGGAUUCCAGUCACGGGAAGAGUUACUGGACAAACUGAAGAAAGUUCUCAGCAUCCUUCAAAACGUCUCAAGCGACUUGCCAGUGAAAGUCUCGCACCUGAAGGACAUACAUCGGGAACUGUCCAGAUAUUACACCGAGAUAGUCAGUGUGGGGACAAAAGCUGCCGAACAGACAUUGAAAAGUCCAAGUAAAGUUGACAUUGGGAAGAAUAUCAACAGGUAUCAACUGAAAGAGAAACUGCUGGAGUUGUCACGUAAGCCGAAGUCGCUGUCAGGCUACGAAGAGGCAAGGAAGAAGCUGCUGGAUUACUUGGCUGGAACGGUGUUUCCGCAGUUCCUUGUUCCACCAACAAAUACACCAUUCAAUGAAGUCCUCUUCUUCAGUAACUUGGCAGGCGUCAAGAGACAUAUCGUGGGCACGCCAAGAGCUGCUAUACAUAUGGCUCUUAAUAAUCCUCACUAUUAUCUGGAGGCAAGUGAAUCUGUGGAGACCCAUUUUGUCAAGUAGCUCCUGCACUGUAGU